AACAAAAAAAAAAGACAAAAUCGAAAGUUCAAAAUUCAGUAGGUAGUCAGACUAGUGAAAAAAUGCAUAUUUUGAUGAUUCUCGGACAAAGGAUAUGCAAAUUUUAAGUUUAUCUGGAACACAGAGUAAAUUCGAAAGGUAACUAAAAUGAGUUUUGUUGAUUUCGACGUAAACCUUUAGUUAAGUUUUGGAAAACACGUCUCGCUGCCUAUGGUGGAAAAAUCAUUCGAUACUCCUGAUAUGCCAAAGGAUGUGAAAAUUCUCACUCAAUUCUAACAAGGCUAGACCAUAAGGAAUCAAGCAAGUUCCAAAACCGAAGCAAACGUAAGGUGUUCAUCAUGUCCGCUGGCGGAAUGUUUGGCUGCAAUCGGGAAGCCGUUCGAGUUAAAGUCAAGAAAUGUGAGAAAAAUGUUCCUCCUGAGACGCGCAAAUUUAGCGUAGAUCCACAAAUUACCAGCCUGGAAGUGCUUUAUUCUAUCCUUGCCAAGGCGUUCGAUCUUAAAACCGAUUUUGGUAUAAGCUGCAAAACAUUGGAUCCAAACGGAUUGGAAACUUAUCUUGUGGUUCUUUCGGAAUGGGAUUUGGAUGCAGCUUUUCUUCGCGCUCACAAUCAAUCAGUUGCAACAAAAACGGAACCAUGCCUGCAUUUAAGGGUCGAUAUUAAACCUUUCUCGGAGAUAUCGGACUGGGACGGAACGACAGCUGCUCCGGGUGGCAUUAGCCGGGAGCUGACUACAUUGCAACAAUCCAUCGGUGCUGGGCACAAGUAUGUGCAGAAUAAACUUCCUGGCUUGAUCAUGAACCAGAUGGAAAAGACAUUUUCGCUGGUACAGAAGGCUUUCAAUUUGGCCGAAGAUCCGCUGCUAACGCAAACCAUCCGGCCUCCGUUGGCCGAUGCCGAGUUUCGGACAUUUUGCGAUUCGGUUGGGCAGAUAGUGCAAAGCGAACAGCUUCGCAAGGUCAUCUAUCUAGGCGGAAUCGAUCCCAGCUUGAGACGAGUGAUAUGGAAGCACAUUCUUAAUGUGUAUCCGAGUGGCAUGACUGGACGGGAAAGAAUGGAUUACAUGAAAAGGAAAUCGGCUGAGUAUUAUCGAUUGCGAGACGUGUGGCGCACCGCUGUCCAGCAGGGUAACAUCGUGGGUGAAUUGGCCUACGUAACAAGUAUGGUGAGAAAAGACGUUCUUCGUACGGAUCGGCUGCAUCCUUUUUACGCAGGGAGUGACGAUAAUCAAAACAUAGCUUCACUGUUCAACGUUCUCACAACGUAUGCGCUAAAUCAUCCCGCAGUAAGCUAUUGCCAGGGUAUGUCCGACAUAGCAUCACCACUGUUGGUUACGAUGGCCGAUGAGGCGCAGGCCUACAUUUGCUUCUGUGCUAUUAUGAUUCGUCUCAGUUCAAACUUCAUGCUGGAUGGUAUCGCAAUGACUUUGAAAUUCAAUCAUCUGUCGGAAGCGUUACAAUUCUACGAUCCUGAGUUUUACUCCUACCUAAAGAUGCACCAAGCGGAUGAUUUAUUGUUUUGCUAUCGCUGGCUGCUACUAGAAAUGAAACGCGAGUUUGCCUUUGAAGAUUCCCUACGUAUGUUGGAGGUUUUGUGGAGUUCUCUUCCACCAACACCCCCGAAAGACGAGCUUGCGCUGUUCGAAAAGGAAUACGAACCGCCACCACCAGACAUUCCACAGCCAAAAAGUCCUUCACUGGUAGUGCUUCGAACCCCACGAGAAAAUCCCUACACGAAAGUGUGCGCACUGCGAAGGCAAAGCUCGGCCAUCAGCCUUAGCUCAACAGGAACGAAUCUGACAAACACCCCAGGACACGCUGGUAAGCUGGAUGCCACCAAACGACUCAAUCUUAGCUUGGAUGAAAACAUAAGUCGGGAAAAUUUGUAUCAAACCGAUAAAAAUAUAAGCAAAACGCAUCAGAGCUUGGACGAAGCUAAAAUUUCUCUGGUGAAACAGCGUAAAGUAGUUCGAAGCGUGGGAGAUGAAGACAUUUUAGAGGGACAUAUUGGUCAGGAGAACGAAGGCGAUGACAAUGUGUUUGGUGAACCUUCAGAACUCGAAAUGACCAAACCAAUCACUGAGGUGCCCGUGGCUUCACCUGGGAAAAACCCUUUCCUGGACAGUUCACCUGAAUCACCGACAACGGUGGAAUUGGAUGGAGAAGCUGCAGCCGCUCCAUCGGUCGCUAGUCCAGACGCAAAACAAAACGAAGAACAAGACUCACAGUCAAAUGAUUCAUCUCAAAAAACAAAAGUUCCAAGCAGUAACGCACGAAACUCUCCUUUAAACAGAAGCAGGAGCUUAUUCUCCGCUGGAACUGGCAACAUGAUAGCUCGGCAGCUAAGUCAACGUAAGAGCUUUGCGACAAGUGGCGGUGGCCAUUUCAAGGAUUUAAAGGAAAAGUUGGCAGCAAGUAAAAAAGGUAUUUUUGCCUCUCUUGAUAAAAAUGACUCAGAUCUAUCGAAUACCGGAUCAUCAUUCCAUGGGGACGAUCGUAAACCAAAAUUGGUGAAAAAUUUCAACGAAUUUCUGAGUUUUGCUGCAAUGAACCGCAGUCGAAUAAGUGAUAAGCUUAACAGUAAACGAAUAGUGACUACCUCGCUUGAUUCUACUGGAUCUGGGACAACUAUAACGACGGGAUCGUCCAUAACCAUGGAUGAUGAUUCAACGGACACCAUCGAAUACGAUGAAUUGAAACCAAAACCUUUGAUAAAGCUAACUAAAUCUUCUUUCGAUGAUUCAGAUUCGUCUAGUACGGGUGUGGCAGAUUCAAUUGCCGCCAUAUCGCGUUCGAGCGAUAACAGUAGCUUUAUCGUGGAUGACAGUUCGGUUUCAGUAUCUCCUAUCCACCAACCAUUGGCAGAAUCUGAAGCAAUGGAAAAUCCAGCGCAAGUUGAUCUCCAUGAUAAGGAGCAGUUCGCAUCACAUGGUCAAGAUGGAAGUAGCCCGGAUGAUUCACAGGAAUAUUUUCCCAUGACAACGUCAAUGACUCGUGAGUUACGCCUAGAAUUAGAAAACCUCGAUCGGCACGUGUUUGGUACGGACUUCCAUAACCAACAGCGAUUUUACACAUUGAGCGGUUGUAUAGAGUUGGAUACUCCUCCAGAAAGUGUUGAAUCGAUGCAAAGUUUCGCAAAAACUCGACCUAGCGAUUAUCGCAAACUACAGAAUGGUUCUACCAUUGAAGCAGACAUACAAUCAGUGGACGAGAUCUGUGAUUUGAAAGAAGCCCCUAGCACAGAAGUAGUACGAUAUCGUGAGAAGGUACGGCCCUUGAGCGAGAUCGAUGCUGACAGUGUCAAUAAAAGGAUAAGUACCUCCAGUGCCAACGCUGAUGUCUUCGUGUGGGAGAAUCCACUACACCAAUGCGACAGCCCUCUAUCUACUGGUGAUCUUUCUCAAGGUCGACCUUUAACCACUAUGAUAGAACGUACGGCAACCACUCCUGACGAACAUCCCGAAUUGGACUAUGACGGGGAAAUAAUCGUAGAAACGUCGACGGGGAAGAAAUCCGUUACCCCAAUCCGAUUAGUAAGACGCACCGGAGAUCAAUCUAGUACAACCUCAAACCGAAACUCGAUGAUAUUGCCUGAUUCUGACUCGGACGAUUCUCCGCCCAUCCGCUCGCCAGCAGUUUCCUUUAAAUUUCACCCAAACAAUCCAUUUUACGAUGCUAAUUCAACCAAUAUCGCUGCAACUGCAACUCUGCCAACGACCGUUAUACCCCAGCCCGAAGGUACGUUGGAAAUUUCAUCAACUAAUAGUCCAUUCGACGAAGCUUCAGAGGCAACUAAAAUUGAUCUAAGCAUCCAGCAACCUUCCUCGACCAACAUUCCUGCCGCACCGCCGUCGGAACCGAUCAAAGUGGCCGGAGUUCUCCCACCACCACACGAAUUCGGAGGCGGCAAUCCGUUUCUGAUGUUUUUGUGCAUAACUAUUCUACUACAGCAUAGGGACUACGUGAUGAAAACGAACAUGGACUACAACGAAAUGGCCAUGCACUUCGACAAGAUGGUUCGGAAACAUAACGUUGUACGGGUACUCAAUCAGGCGCGGCAGAUGUACGCCGAGUAUCGGAAGUGGUACCAGCAGGAUCUGCAACUGCAUCAACAGCAAAAACAUCCGCAAGCUGCAAAGUCUACUUCUGUUGGUAGUGCCAGUAUGAGUACGAGCAUGUACGGAAAUCUCGGAAGUGCAGCAGGUAUUUCGGCGAACUCGGCUAAUGCUCAACCCAGAAGAAACACAACCAGCGGAUUGACCUUUACAGCGUGAGUUCAGCAAUAAGUUGACGGUGUAACCUAAUUAAGCAUAACCGAAACUUUGAGAUUUCUGUGAUGAUUUCGUCAUUCCAACGGGCUUCAGUCGCUAAAAAGUUAUCUACAGCGGCGUGAUAACGAGGUCAUUUGGUUAUGAAACAUCACAUUCGUACUAACGAGAUUUCAUUAUUCAUUCGAUCAUCUUAGUGACAAACACUUUUUGCUUAGUUUUGCAUAUCGUUCUACGUUUCAAAAGCUCUUUCACUUUUACGUCGUUUUAAUUAUUAUGUUUUGUGAUACAUAUUAUGAGGGACUGAUUUUAUUCAUUAAAUUCUUUACUAUUUUUAGUUAAUAAUUGUAUAUUAAACGUAUUGUUUGCUCUACGAAUUGUACUAGAUACGGAUUUAACAGGUUUUAUCACUAGAUUCGAAUGCAUCUCAAUGUUACAAUUUUACUGCUACGAUCCCUAACUUAGAAAUAUCAAAACCAAUGUCAAUAACUAGUUUUUCAACGGAAUUAAAGCUAGAAUCAACAUUAAAAAUGCCUAUUUAGAAUACAGACGAGAACAUCAAAUAAAUCAUAUAAAUAUAUUUACAAUAGAAACACACUUUCCCACUUUUAGAGGGCAUAGAUAGAAACCAAAAACGAAGGAUAGACGAGUUUCGAUUUCCAUUUUGUAAAUCCUCUAUCGUUGAAUGUAACGUUUCAACCCAAGUGUUUUAAGGAACAGUAACGAUUGAGAGACAAUGAGAUAGUGAAAAUGUGUUAGAUUUAAAUUCGAAAACGUGACCGAGAUUGAUCCAAUUGAGCAAAUUUGAAAUCCAUAGAAAGUAAUGAAUGCGAAAGGGUUUUUCUUUAAACAUGCUGGUGUUGGACUAUUUGUGUGAGUGUAUUAAACUGAACUAAAGUAAAUAUUUCCAAUGAAGAAAAAACUUCCUGAUAAUCUUCUAGCAGAUCGAAAACAAAACAAAA